UUCCGAGGUCAAGGCAUGAAGCUUGCUGUGUUGGACCUCGGGUCUCUCUUUGCCAAAAUCUUCAAGUCCACGACGGCGCCUCCCGCUGUCCCUUCGCCUGUUGCCUCCUCCAGUAAAAAAGCCGCCGCAGGGGCACCAAGCUCGGGCGCUAGCACUCCGCUCAGCGCUGCCCCGACCUUGACCCUCCUGCCGGUCCUGGCUCCCGCCUCCCCCACGACCUCCCGCGGGGCGCCCGCCCAGCUGCAGCCUCUGCUCACCGCCUCCCACCCCAGGGUCUCUGCCGCCAGCCGCCAGGCAGAAGCAGGAGGGACCCCAUCGUUGCUCAGUAGCCCGAGAGCAACCACAGUCGCGGGCGCCUCGAGCUGCAGCAGCAGUUUUGUCGGGAGCCCACGGAACUCUAUCCAGCCUGGGCCGGGAGAGCGAGAGCCCAGCGCUUGGAUGCCCCAGGGGCCGGGCCCCAAAACCCUGUUCUUCACUCUGCCGGACAUCGGCGAGGAGUGGACCUCGGGCAGCAACGGCUCCGAGGAUGGCGGAGAAGGAAAAGGACUGUCAGAAGGAUCUAAGAAGCACAGUUUCAUUGUGAAAAGCAAAGACCCCUUACCUACGCAUUUUACAAGAAAUGUGCAGAAAGCCAUCGAUAAAUACACCUGUGAGUCCCUGUCAUCACUUUCAUCCAGCGGAAGCCGCACACCCACGGAAGCCCACAGCUCUUGGCCUGGGUCUGCCACACCCAGUUCUGCCACUGGCUUGUCUACUGAGAGGAGCUCUGUUUAUUCUUGGAGAGAUGACGAAUUUGACAGAGCCAAUGCACAGAAAGUGCAGCAGUUAUUUUGGGAAGUCGAGGAAAUGUUAUUUGAAGGGAAAGUGAGCCCCCAGACCCAGAACCUACAGGCUGAAUGCAGUGAGUGGACAAGCAGAUCCCUCCACCUGAGAGUAUUAGGAAGACAGCUGAUCCUGCCAGCUGAUGAGGGGUUCCAGCACUUCCAGGGUAGUCUGCCCGGUUCUGCUGUCUGCAGACCCUUACGUGACGCCUGUGAGCACCACGGCCACCGCAGAGGGCUGUGUGUCUCUGGCUCCCAGGUAGUCCCAGCAGCCCUCCCCGCCUCUGCCCUGCCAGGCCCCGAUGGCACAGGGAUCGCCGACCUCACACCACGCUCAUCCCUGGAGGAAGAGGUUUACGACAUGGAUGGAAAGAUUGAAGAAUAUUUUGCUUUCGACAGAAAAGAAGAUGAUGAGGCAUGUCCUGAACAGACGCCAGCUCAUCGCCGUGGAAAGUGGCAGAAACAUGGACUUCCUCCCGUUUCCCCUCAUGACUGCAUCAAAGAUGCGGUGGUGUCCGAAGUGUUUGAUCAUGUCUGGAAAAAUGCGGUAGAAAUAUUGGAGGAACUGAUUAGAAAAAAGUGGGAAACUACACUCACAGAAAUUAAAAAACAGAAAGAAAAGUUGAAAGUAGCUGAAAAUAAACCUGCAAAUACACUCCUUUCCCGUAUUAACGCCGACGUUUUAAGUGUUCCCCCGUCCAGAAGUUCUGAAACUCGCAGCGUAUCUCUAGCUUCUCAUCUGAAUCCACCCCAGAUUCCUCGCUUCUCCAGCAAUUUUUAUAGUGAUUUGAACGGCGUGAUGACAAUUCAAGCAAAACCACUUCAGCAGAGACCUACCUAUUUUGCAGACAGAACCCAGAAUGAGCAAGAAGACAAAUCAUUGGGCACUGGGGGCAAUGCUCUUUUCUCUGCACGCCACCGACUGGGACGAAUCUUAGAUACUCGAGGAUCACAGACUUCCGCGAAGAAAACACCGGUGCAUAGGAGAUUGCCGUCUCUUGCUUCAGAGACACAGAGAAUAAAGACCCCUAAUGUGUACAGUGAUGAAGUUCUUAGGGGAACAAAACUACAAACUGGCACGGACCACGCGUCCUCCCCUGCAGCUCCAACCACCCGGAGCAGGUUUCCUCCAAUAGGCCCAGAGACCGGGGAGCAACACCCAGCAAUUCCCGGAUCCCGCCCUGUUUCUUACAGAGGAAGAUACCCACAAAGCCGUGUGCUAAGUGCAAUGCCUGACAGCAUUGAGCGAUCACCUCUUCGAGAAAGAACUAUUGCCCUGGAGCAGUUUUCAAGGCCCAGUACAACACAGACAUUCCGGUCGGAUACACCUCGGAAAGCUUCGUUGACCCCCGUGGAAUUUGCUGGUCACACCUGGACAGGUCAAAGUAUUUUGACAGGUUCACAAUAUCAGCUGAAAUCUUUUCAGAGGACAACUUUGACUUCAAGAAAGAGAUUCCAAGUGGCAUCUUGAUAUUACUCCACCAGAACUGCGACUCUUCUUGGGUACCCAAAGUCUCGGGAUGCCAUUUGUCACUCGAACAGUGGAAGAACAAGUAUUAUACCAUUUAUCUGUCUGUCUGACAGUCUAUUAGACUACGUGAGAAAAACGCAAGCAAAUGAGCAACUUAAUUUAGAACCCUUUGCAGUGUAAAGAGAAUCAAAGUCAAACUCCCUGAAUUUUUUUUACUGGAAGCAUUUCUGAAGUUCCUUAGACUUUGCUCAGAAGACCUUAAUAUGUGUUUGCAAUACAUUGUUCUAUCAGUUACACACAUAAUACAUACGAUUGUGUAUGUGUACUCACACAAGUUAAUAUGUAAGAGUAUAUUAUCUAUAAAUAUACCAUUUUGUAACUUCG